AUGACGAAGGAUAAGUCUCUGGUGAUUCCUGAGAAGUUCCAGCACAUCCUUCGUGUUCUCAACACGAACAUUGAUGGUCGGAGGAAGAUAGCCUUCGCCAUCACUGCCAUCAAGGGUGUUGGCAGACGUUACGCCCAUGUCGUCCUCAGAAAGGCCGACAUUGACCUCAACAAGAGGGCUGGAGAGCUGUCAGAGGAAGAGGUUGAGCGGGUAGUGACCAUCAUGCAGAAUCCUCGGCAGUACAAAAUCCCAGACUGGUUCCUCAACAGGCAGAAAGACGUUAAGGACGGCAAAUACAGCCAGGUUCUUGCCAACGGUCUGGACAACAAGCUGAGAGAAGAUCUGGAGAGGCUGAAGAAGAUCAGGGCCCACCGUGGUCUCAGGCACUUCUGGGGGUAA